AUGAAACACGUGCCCUGCGGUCGCAGUACGAGCUGUGAACUGUGCUUGGUGGGCGCACUGGCGCUCGUGCCGGUUGAUUCCGUUGCCUUGCAGCAGCAACACCGGCGCAAUGUGGACGCCGAUUCGCUCGUACCGGAUCCCAAUGGCUUUCCGGUGGCGGAUGGCACGCUUCCGGAUGAACGACCCGAGCUCGAAGGCAUCGAGGGCAGCACAUUUGACACCGACAAACCCGAUCCGGCCGGUGUAAGGAAUGUCGAUUAUGGGCAUCAUCACCAUCAUCGACCGGCUGAGGGCCCUGUUGAGGGCCGAGCAGUUGCUGAGGAGGAAACGGUAGUCCCACAGGUGUCCCGAAGCAUCAGCGCCAGUCACGGGAGGUCGUAUGACCGUUCGAAUGGUGGCACGAAUGGUGCAACCGGUUCGCAAGGGCAACAACCGUACAUGAGAUCUGGAAGUCAUAAUGGCUCGGCGGGUUCGAACGGCGUGGAGUCAACAUCGUACCGUGCACCGAAGAAGGCACCACAGGAGAUGAACGGGGCCAGUGUACAGCACGAUAAUGGCCACAUGAUCCGGACGCUGAUCGAUUGGAGCUGGCCGAAGUGUUUCACGUUCGAGCCGAAGGAACACCUGUACUAUCACAUCGGACACGCGUUAUUCCUGGUGGCCUUUCUUGCACCAAACAUCCCGUGCGGGUUUCUGUGGCUUCGAUGUGCGGCCAUUGCCGGGUGUAUCCUGUUGGUUCUGUGGGGCUGGUUCGUCGCCUGCAGCUUGGAUGCGGUCGUGUGGUUCAGCUUGUUUCUGUUUGUUAACGCUGUCUACGUGGUAGUGCUGCUCUGCAAGCUGCGACCGGUUAAGUUUGAGAAGGAGAUCGAAUCGGUGUACGUUGCCUUGUUCAAGCCGCUGCGCGUGUCCCGCCACCAAUUCAAGAAGGUGCUGAACUGCAUGAAAAUCGUGCGGCCGCUCAAGUACCAGGAAAUCUACGUGCAGGAGAAAAUAACCAAAGUCGACAGUUUGUCCCUAGUGCUGUCGGGAAAAUUAGUAGUAUCACAGAAUCAAAAAGCGCUUCAUAUAGUAUUCCCUCAUCAGUUUCUCGAUUCGCCCGAAUGGUUCGGUGUUUCCACCGAUGACUUUUUUCAGGUGUCGAUCAUGGCGAUGGAGGAGUCACGCGUGCUCAUCUGGCACCGGGACAAGUUGAAGCUGUCCAUUAUGGCCGAACCGUUCCUGCAGGCCGUGUUCGAUCACAUCCUCGGUCGGGACGUGGUGAAGAAGCUGAUGCAGGUCACGCAGGUCAGCGAAACGAUGGCGCAGAGCAACGGUUGUAUCGCGUCAGGAUAUGGCGAUGAUUCCGAGGAUAAACCGAUGCUCGUGAUGAAGAGCAAAACGUCCGAUAAUGGCGGGCACGGACUGACGGCGUUGAUCAAUCGCCAGCUCCAAGCUCUCCCACGGAUCUCGAAGUAUUAUUACUGUGUAGCAACCGAUCACAACGCCUGGCGGUUGGGCCGGAUCGACGAAACUGACCACGAGACGGCCGUAUAG